AUGCAUCCCGUCGAACUCAACAGAUCCGACGUGCCCGACGCACAAUCUGUGGAGAAAGCUUCUGCAAAAUCCGACGCAGGAUCUGCCGAGGAAGCUCCUGUCACGGUUGCUGCCCCGCCCAGCAAUUCCAACGAGCCCGAUGUGGCAUUAGCUCCCAAGGCUGACGAGCCCGAUGCGGCAUUAGCUCCUAACGCCGAUGAGCCCAAUGUGGCAUUAGCUCCUAAGGCAGCUGACCAAGCCAUAGAAACCGCCGCGGCGGUCGAAGACCUCUUUACCAAGUUUGAACAUCAAGCGUUCUUCGGUACCCCAGGCGCUUCUGCCGAAGAGAGCGCUUCCGGACCCGAUGCGGCACCGGUUGGCCAGGGAGUCGAAACCAUCGCAGGGCUCUUCACCGAUGCAGAGUUUGAAGCAAUGGCAGAAGGGCUCUUAACCGAGGCAGAGCUUGAUGCGAUCAUCCAGACCUUGAUUACCACCGGGAGAUAUCGCGGGUCUCUGACGCUGGAGCAGGUAGAGCAACUCAACGCCAAGUUUCCAGCCAUCAGAGACAGCAAAUCCCGCGAGCCCGAUGUCGCAUCCGUGGCAUCGACUCCCAAGGCUGACCAUAGGGCUGGCCAAGCCCUGACAUUUAAUCUUCCAACCACCGCAGAAACCGCUGUGGCGGCCGACAACGCAGCAGAAACCGCCGUGGCGGCCGACAACGCAGCAGAAACCGCCGUGGCGGCCGACGAUCUCUUUACCAAGUUUGAACAUCAAGCGUUCUUCGGCAUCCCAGGCACCGCUGCCGAAGAGAGCGCUUCCGGAGUACCCGAUGCGACACCGGCUGGCCAGGGAGAAACCAUCGCGCCGGCAGAGGGGCUCUUGACCGAGGCUGCAGUUGACGAGAUCCUCCGCACCUUGAUUACCACCGGGUUAUUUCGCGGUCGCUUGACGUUGGACCAGCUUAGCCAAGUUAGCGACAAGCUUUCAGCCACCUACGGCUUUAGCGGCGCCCUCGACAUGCAAUACACCGAGACUCCAGAAGGGGUGGUUCCUGGGAACUUCGUACUUCAAGCCCUCCUCAAGCAAUGGUCGCGCGGCAGUUAUGAAAGUACAUACUACUACUUUCCGGAUUACAUAGCUUUUCGAAGCAUGCAAUUCGAUGUAGAUAACACCGGAGGUGAGGCGUAUAGCUAA